AUGACGCUCAACUCGGUGCCGCCAACCGACACAGCCGUGAUGGCGGCAGAGCCUCGCGUUGCUGUCGCUCCAUUGCCAUCGCCCGUGCUUACCACCUCGCCGUGCCCGACGUCGACGCCCGAAGAUGUCGUUGCACCGGUGCAGUCGCUUGUCGCGACGCCGCCGUCCGACGACGUCGAAAUGUUUGCAGCGAUUCCGCCGCCACUGGACCUUGACGAGGCCGCGCCGAUCCCGUUUUAUAUGUGUCUACCAGAGCCAUUGCCGCAAGACGACGUGUCCAACGACUCGGAGCCGACCACCGACGUCGCGGCAACGGCAGCCGGCGCGCAAGACGACGAUCCCAUGCUCGAUGUUGCGCCGACGCUCUUGCUGAACGACGACAACGACGCCUACGAUCUCGACGACUUUGCCGUGCCGCAGAUCUUCCAGGACGACGUUGAACUGGCGCAUGCCGCGGCGGUCGAUGCCGAAGCGAUGCCCGAUGUCGACGUCGAGCCGCCGCUGCCCGAGCUCGGCGAUGACAUUGCGUCGGUGAUCUCCAUCCUUGCUCGGCAAGAGGCGCUCGAAGCCGCCAUCGGGCACGUCCCGAUUGAGGCGACGCUGCAGGCUGCCUCGCACAUUCAAGACCUCGACUUCAACCUGAACGAUCUCCUCUCUUCGCCCGAGGUUGUGGCGCCGCGACAGCGCCCGACACCGACGCCCCAUACCUACACCCGCGUCUUCGACCGCAACCAAAACAACCAACCCGUUCCUCGGGGUGAGCAGUCGGCGUCGUCCGAGGAAGAGUACCGGUCGUCUACGGUUCGGCGCAGUCGCCGUCGACCACGGGCGGCGCAGAGCGCUCGCAGUCGGUCUUCGUCGCCCGUUGUGCGACAAGAGCGGCGUCCGUCGACGGCCGCACGAAGCAACCGCAGUCGGUCGCCGCCGGUCGUUGUCCGACGACACGCACGCCGUCGCUCGUCGUCGUCGCCCGAGCCCGACGUCCAAUCGUCGCCCGUGUCAGCUCGUCGACGGAAGCGUAGGCGGGAGGUCGCCGUGAUCCACACGCGCACGCCGCGAGCAUCAUGUGCGAUGCCAGCAUACGACGUCAUCGAUCUCAUCUCGUCGUCCGAAGAAGAGUUUGAUGGGCACGUGCAGGCACGUAUCUACAGCCAGCCCCGUUCCAUGUCGCUCCGCGGCUUUGUCGUCGAUCAAGUCAGUGACGCGUCGACGUCGACGUCCUCUUUCACAAGCAGUCGCCGCCAUCGCCGCAAACGCCUUCGAAAGCCAGGUGAUCGGCCUCAGGCUCGGUCACCGCCGCGCAAGGCCCCGUCGCCACUGCGUCCGGUCUGCGUGUCGGUCCCACGACCAAGAUCUCCGUCGCCGCCGCCACAGAUCCGAUCUCCACGGCCGACACCGCGCCCCAAGAGCACGCGGCACGUCGAGAGAGAGCUUCGCUUCAUCGAGCAAGAACGGCGUCUUGCCCAGCGAGAGAAGGACAAGCGCCAAAGCGAGCGCAAGCGAGUCGACACGCCCUUCCCGCUCGCGCGGUUUAACAUUUCUCGUCCCGAGCAGCCGCCGCCGUCGACGCUGUCGCAGCCUCGCGCCGCGACGGGCGCCGAGCGGCAGCAGAUCUUUGUCGGCCUCGUCGUGCUUGCGACUAACGAGCAGCACCGGGACUCGGACCACACAACUCUGCCCAGUGCGUUUACCGUGCCGUCGCACGCGCCGUGGCCGCCGCCGUUUUGGGGCAUGCUCGUCGACGUCGACGCCUUCCGGCACGCGCACCGCACCGGACGCUUGCUUGCGUCGACCGUGGCGUCCUUGGAUGCGCUGCGCUUUGUAUGGGACACGGCCACGCACGAGUGGCAGCUGCGCCUCAUGGCGCUGCAGCGGUACAAGGAACUGUACGGCGACGUGUCGAUCCCGUACGGAUUUCAAGUGCCAGCCGACGAUCCGAUGUGGCCCAAGGACCUGCACAAGGUCGCGCUUGGUCGCGUUGCCCACGAGCUGCGCGUCAACGCAGCGUCCUUGUCGGUCGUGCGGCGAAGCCAGUUGAGCGCGCUGGGUUUUAUCUGGGACGUCGAAGAGCUCCAGUGGCGCAUCUGGCACAAGGCCCUUCGCACCUUUUACCGCUUGUACGACCACGUCGAAGUCCCGUUCGAGUUUAACGUGCCAGACAAAAACCCGGCGUGGACGCCCGACUGCUGGACCGAGAAGCUCGGCGCUGUUGUCGCCGCGCUGCGUCAAGAGUCCCACGUGCUCACGGACGAGCGCAAGGCGCAGCUCGACGCCCUCGGCUUUGUGUGGGGCCCCGGGGCACGCACCAAGCCACCGCCUCGCGCGACACUUAACGCGAAGAAGAAACGUGUGUCUCGCCGCGAGUCGAUGGCGAUGCUGCCCCGGGUCACGGUGGUGCCGCCACCCAGCGCCCCGCCCGUCCUUCCUGCGUUCAACGCCACUCAGGGAAAACCCAUGUGGCAAUAA